GAAGGCAUUUUGGGCAUGCAGCAUAAGCUUCCUAGUUCUUAACGAUAACUUCGACCCUGUCGUGUCUCUAUAUAUAUAUUAUACGAUCACUCCCCGCUUCUUCUUUAAUAUCACUCUCCGGCGAGAUCAUCCAUGUUUUCUGCCAACUAAGCUCACCAUCCAUUCUCAUAAUGAUGGUAUUCAGCAACGCCGGCACCGGAUUCCUGGCCGGAAAACAGGUGUUCCCGAUCGACUACGCAGCAGAAGUGUCUCAGAAGCUCGUGGAUGCUUCACACCGCAACGAUCUGAAGUCGGCGUUGGACUGCAUCGCCGAUCCUUUCGUCGACGUCAGCUUCAUCGGAACUGUGUACUUGAGGGCCAGGAAGACGGAGGUUGUUCUCCACGACGAGAGUCCGCACGAAGUUCGCGUGGAGUUCGAGGAGUUCAAGACCGAGGUAACCGCUCUGUUUCUCGCUGCACAUGCUGGAAACGUUGCGCUCGUCAGGAAAUUGCUGAGUGUUGGAGCUAAUGUGAACCAAAAGCUGUUUCGAGGCUAUGCGACGACAGCAGCCGUGAGGGAGGGCCAUCUGGAGAUAUUGCAGACACUUAUCAAUGCAGGGGCGUCUCAGCCGGCAUGCGAGGAGGCUUUACUGGAGGCAAGCUAUCUUGGGCGGGCCAGACCUGCCGAGUUGCUCAUGGGCUCUGAGAUGAUCCGCCCAUAUGCUGCUGUGCAUGCUCUUGUCACCGCUUGCUGCAGAGGGUUUGUGGAUGUUGUGGACACGCUCAUCAAGUGUGGAGUUGAUGCCAAUGCAACUGAUAGGAUGCUGCUUCAGUCUUCCAAGCCUUUCAUGCACACCAAUGUUAACUGUAAUGCGCUUGCUGUUGCCAUUGUUAGUAGACAGGUCUCUGUUGUUCGAUUGCUAUUACAGGCUGGCGUCAGAGUUGACAUCAAAGUUAGACUUGGAGCCUGGUCAUGGGACACAGCUACAGGAGAAGAAUUUCGGGUAGGAGUGGGAUUGGCAGAGCCCUACUCAAUCACCUGGUGUGCAGUGGAGUAUUUUGAAGCCAGCGGUGCUAUCUUGCGCAUGCUCUUGCAACACCACUCUGUUAACAACCAUCACUUAGGGAGGACCCUUGUGCACCAUGCCAUCCUAUGUGGCAAUCCAGGAGCACUUGAUGUGCUAUUGAAUUGUGGUGCAGAUGUAGAAUUGCCGGUGAAAACAACAUCAAAAACAGAGUUACGCCCUAUACAUUUGGCUGCACAGUUUGGAUUGGCUAAAAUUCUUCAAUGCCUGAUCAAUGCUGGCUGCAAUCUCAACUCUCCAACAGCAUCUGGAGAAUCUGCACUAAUGAUCUGCACAAGAUACAAACAUGACGAGUGUCUUAGAGUUUUGGCCGCAGCUGGUGCUGACUUUGGUUUAGUCAAUGCAGCUGGGCAAUGCGCCUGCUCGAUUGCAAGCUCAAUUCGGUGGACUCUUGGCUUUAGACAAGCAGUGUUAGAUGUAAUUCAUGCUGGGAGCACUGUUGCAUCAAGCAAUACUUCAAUAUUUUCCCCUCUAAUUUUUGCAACUCAAGCAAAUGAUGCUGUGGCCCUGAAAAAACUCAUUGAGCGGCCAGAUAUCGAUAUUGACGAACAGGAUCAAAAUGGAUUAUCAGCAGCCAUGAUUGCAGCUGCAGGGGGUCAAGUGGAUGCCUUCCGGUUACUUGUUUAUGCUGGAGCUAAUGUAAAGCUGCAGAACAAAUACGGUGAGACAGCACUUACGCUAUCAGAGGCUAACCAUAAUGCCGAUCUAUUUGAAAAGGUGAUCCUUGAAUAUGCGCUUGAAAGAGGAAACCAUCGUUCUGCUGGAUUUUACCCUUUACAUUGUGCAGCACGCUGUGGAGACUUAGAUUUGGCUCGGACAUUAGCCAACAGAGGUUAUGACAUCAACUUUGCUGAUACUGAUGGAUAUACUCCACUCAUGUUAGCAGCAAGGGGAGGCCAUGGCAGCAUGUGUGAGUUCUUGAUCUCAUGCGGGGCAAUAUGCAACAUUAAGAAUGAGAGACAUGAGACAGCGCUCGUGCUUGCUAGGAAAAAUGGAUUUGGGAACGGCGCAGAGCGUGUGAUACUUGAUGAGCUUGCCCGAACACUUGUGCUAGAUGGGGCUCCUGUGAAGAAGCACACAAAGAGAGGCAAAGGAACUCCCCACUGUAAACUACUGAAAAUGGUGGAUGGAAUUGGGGUGUUGAGGUGGGGGAAGUCAAGCAAGAGGAAUGUGAUCUGCAGGGGGGCCGAGCUCGGGCCCAGCACAUCAUUCCGGUGGAACCGGAGAAGAAAGAUUGACGCUGAUGAGCCAGGACUGUUCCAUGUAAUGACCACAAAGAACAAGGAGGUGCAUUUUGUAUGUGAAGGUGGAAUUGAAGUUGCUGAAUUGUGGGUGAGGGGCAUCAAGCUUGUGACAAGGGAAGCCAUUUUCGGAAAGAAACAGAACGAUAUGUGAGUAUAGCUUGAGAAUUCUUCAUUCUCUUUGCAGAUUUAUGUAAAGUUGUCUGUGGGAAUACUUCAUCUCAAUGUAUUCUUCUUCCCAGUGUUUCCUUUUUCAAAGCUGAUAAUGUAUAUUACUACACUCGAGAAAAAAGUGGGGCAUCAACAUUUGAGAUCAA